CUACUACAUUUUUAGACUUUAUAACUUUAUAAUUUUAUUAAACGAUCAAAUGACAACUGUCAACAGCGUUAAAUAUAAUAUGCCAAAAUUCAAAUACACUCUCGACUAUAUAUUUUCUCGAUCAUGUCUCGCUUUACAGACUCGGUUAUAUUAUCGCAUGAUGGACUUAUUUGUCGUUCAAACACAACAGGAAUCUUUACGUUUCGACACUCUUUUUAUGCCAAAUUUUCUGCUAUUUAGAAAAUUCCGUUAUUAUAUCAAAUCAUCCAUUGUAUGGCGCAUGUUAUAUCAUCUAAUAUCUGAUCACGUGUUUUGGUUGGGUAUGAACACGUAUAUAAACAUACAGUAUAAUCAGACAAACGCGACAGAUGCAAACAAUUUAUUUUCUAGUCUACCAUUUUGGACCGCUAUGGAAAGUGCCCUAAAUGUAACAAAUAACACAAUAGGCUUUAAUAUGAAAAAUAUAACCGAUGUUUGGUCAACGGAAGGAUAUUAUCCUGUACUGUAUGUGACACAAAAUUUUUCCAUUAACACGACAUCAAUCUCAUAUAAUAAUUUCAAUCAUUACUUGCUGACAUCACUUGUUGACAUGAAACAAUACCGAAUAUAUGUGACGUAUACGAUGAAAUCAGUUAUGAACUUUGCGACAUCUAAUGUCAAAAAUUACUGUUGGCUAUCUACACUAACACCAAACUACAAUAUAAUUUGGAUUGACAAUAAUGAUUGGAUUAUUGUCAAUUUACAACAAACUGUUAAAGACACAGACUAUGUAGCAUGGUAUCCUAUGAUUAAAGCUGUUGAAUACAUGAUGUGUGUUUGGGUAAUUCAAGAUAAUGUAGCUAUGAAGGACAAAAUUAAAAAAAUGUUCAAUGAACUUCUGCGUAAUAUAGGAUACGAUGACAAAUUUGAUGACAGUGAUUUUACUAAGUGUUUAAGAGAAGAAGCGGUAAAAUGGGCAUGUGUUCUCAAUAGUUAUAACUGUAGACAAACAGCGGCCUUUCGAUUAGAAAAACUUGUAGGAAGUUCUAUGCAAGACAAAUAUUUCAAAUCAAGAGAAUGGAUAUACUGUAAAGGUUUAAUGAGAGCAAACUACACUACUUGGGCGACAAUACUGCUGUGGCAUAAAUGGAAUAUAACAUACGACAAUAUAUAUUCAGAAUAUUUAACUUGCUGUACAAAUCCUCACAUUAUUCAAAAUUAUUUAGAAAUACUAGUAGAUGGAUUUUAUUCUAGUGUGACAAACAAACAAACAAUUGCUAAUAUUGUUCUCCUUAUUGUUGCGAAACAUUCAAACAAUGAUGCAGUACUCAAUUUUAUAUUCAACAAUUUUGAAUUAUUCCAAUUCAGUAUAAAAAAACCAAUUGACCAAAUUGCCAUAUUAAUUGUUAUUAUAACGCACGAGCAUGACGUAGUACAAUUAGAAAAGGUAAGUGAAUUCGUUAAAAAUAUUAUGACGAUGAGUGAGAAGCGGCUAGUUGAUGCAGUUAAACUAAAAUUAAUCAAACGAAAAAUGGAAUACAAUAGACAAGUUGGAAAGUAUGGGAUUCUCAGAUGGAACUUAGAAACAUAAUGCAGCAUAAAAUGCCAAACACUUGAAUAGAUGGAAGAUAAUAAUAUUACUUGUUGCA